AUGGCAGCGAGGGACCGCUUCGGUGCCUACGCUGACCCGGGCUUAACACCGCUACAAAGAGCUAUCCGAAAUGCCUGUGACCUGUCCCACUAUGAACCCAACCUCGCCCUGAAUCUCGAAGUGGCCGAUCUGAUAAACUCCAAGAAAGGCAAUGCACCUCGAGAAGCGGCUAUCGAGAUCGUUCAUCUGAUCAACUCGCGGAACCAAAACGUGGCGCUACUGGCGUUGGCAUUGCUCGACAUUUGCGUGAAGAAUUGCGGUUAUCCCUUUCAUCUUCAGAUCAGCACCAAGGAAUUCCUCAAUGAGCUGGUCCGUCGCUUCCCGGAGCGCCCGGCCAUACGGCCCUCGCGCGUGCAACACCGCAUCCUCGAGUCCAUUGAGGAGUGGCGACAGACGAUCUGUCAGACUUCGAGGUACAAGGAGGACCUGGGCCACAUUCGGGACAUGCACCGUCUGCUACUUUACAAGGGCUACGUGUUCCCCGAGAUCCGCCAUGAGGAUGCUGCGGUCCUGAAUCCCAGUGACAACCUGCGCUCGGCCGAAGAAAUGGAAGAGGAAGAGCGUGAGGCUCAAUCCGCUAAGCUGCAGGAGCUAAUUCGCAGAGGUACCCCCGCCGACCUGCAAGAAGCCAACCGCUUGAUGAAGGUCAUGGCCGGUUACGACAACCGACACAAGACGGAUUAUCGGGCCAAGGCGGCAGAAGAGGUGGCCAAGGUGCAGCAAAAGGCCAAGAUCUUGGAGGAAAUGCUGCAGAGCCACCAGCCGGGCGACCGAGUUGCUGAAGGAGACGUAUUCGAAGAACUGGCGAGCGCACUCCAAAGUGCCCAUCCCAAGAUCCAGAAGAUGUGCGAGGAGGAGUCGGAUGAUCCAGAGGCCGUACAGAAGCUGCUCGAGAUUAAUGACAGUAUACACCGCACGAUCGAGCGAUACAAGCUUGUCAAGAAGGGUGACUGGGAGGCGGCCUCUCAGAUUCCCAAGGGUACUCUGGGCACGACAACGGGCGUGUCGAAGAACGCUAACAAUGAACUUUCCCUCAUCGACUUUGAUCCCGAACCCGCACCGAACGCCAACGGCAAUGGGGCCGUGGCCCCUACUGGAGGUAACUCUUUGGAGAAUGACUUGUUGGGGCUGUCAAUAGACGAGCCUGUUCCGGCUCAUGGUGGAAUCUCGCUGGGGCCUGCCCCUACGACGUCCGCGACGCCACCAAUGCCUCAAGCGUCCACUAGCUUCAGGCCCAAUUAUGACAUCUUCUCUUCGAUGAACACAUCUCAGCCGCCCUCACAGUCAUCCACGCCCGCCCCAGGUGGGCGGCCCCAGAGCAUUAUUUCUUCUCCCGCUACAGCAACCCCUCCUCCUACUCUCGAUCCGUUUGCGUCCUUGGUGUCUGCCGGGUCGCGACAGGCCAGUCCUCUGCCCUCCGGCAAGGCCUCGAGCUCGCAGCCGCCAGCAGGUUCGUUGUUGGACCUAAUGGGAAGUAAGCCUGCGCCACCAGCAAACAGCCAGAUCAAGGCGCGAGAGGAGGACGAAUGGAAUUUCGCUUCAUCUCUACCGGAAAGCAACGCGCUACCCAGCAUGAACCGCGUACAGGUGCUAAACUCGACCCUCCGAAUUGAAUUCAUGGCGCGCCGACAUCCCCAACAAACGCAGCAGAUUCAUGUGGUAGCCCUGUUUUCCAACAGCUCUAACCAGCCACUGAGUGAACUACACUUUCAAGUGGCCGUGGAGAAGGCAUACACACUGCAACUGCGGCCGCAGUCAGGACGGGACAUUGCACCCUCACAGGCGAACGGGGUGCAACAGGAAAUGUUGGUGGAUAGGGUUCCGGUGGGUAAAGGAAACGCGAUCAAGAUGCGGUUCCGCGUCUCGUACCGGGUGGGUAGCGAGCGCAAAGAAGAGCAGGGCAUGGUUCCGUCAUUGGGAAUUGCCUAAAAGAGCUGAAAGCUGAAUUACGCCCGACCAGAGAGUCAGGGGAGGAGACGAACGGAGGGAAUUCCCCUAGACAUAUGGUUUGAAC